AUGCAAGACGAUGAAGGUACUACUGUACCUAAAGCGGCAGUACUUUGUAACAUUUCUCGACAGAGUGCUUACAGGUUGCUCAAAGAAUCCAAUAACAGCAACGGUAAUGUAUUGCCUGGUUUUGCUCCAAAAGCCAUGAACAGAGGUACGAAGCAUAACUUAUUUUUGAUUCAUUACCUCGAUAACCACAAGUCUGUAACACUUGUAUUGGCCAGCGAUUUCUUGACUUAA